AUGGCGACCUACAAUAUGAAUGAUGGGAAAAUCGCUUGGGAACUACACAACGAUGGAUGCACUAUUGUUCAAAAUGGCAUGAAAAUCGAAUCUAUGAAGGCUAAGCCAAGACCAAAGUACUUUAAUAAUAUUCUCGAAGCCAAUGGUAAUACCCCUUUAUCGAAGCUUAACAAAGUCACACAGGACAAAUCACUUAAGUGCAAUAUAUACCUGAAACUAGAGUAUCUAAAUGUUGCCGGCUCUAUUGAAGAUCGUGCUGCGAUUCGUAUGAUCGAGGUUGCUGAACAGAAUGGACUGAAGAAAGGAGAGACAGUGAUCGCCCCCGCCAGCGGAAACAUUGCCGUCGGAAUAGCCCUUGUUUGUGCUGUCAAAGGAUACAAGUAA